AUGAAGCUUCCCAGUCCAUUCCCAUCUCUUUUUGUCUCGCCAUCAGAUCUUCAUCGCGCCUUGUCCAAUCCGCCGAGAAACGUCCGCAUAAUCCCUGUAGCGGCCGGAAAUACGCUGUCGCUGCCGUCUUACGAAUCCCGACAUGUGCCAGGCUCUGUAUUUUUCAACAUGGACUUAAUCAGAGACACCACAUCCCAAUAUCCGAUGAUGCUGCCCACAUCGAGUCAGUUCGCCAAAUACAUGACGGAGCUUGAGAUACGAUCCGAUGAUAUCCUUGUCGUCUAUGACACUUUCGAAACGGGACUUCAUUCGUCCCCACGGGUUGCAUGGAUGUGCCACCAUUUCGGGCACAAGGCUGCCCAUGUAUUGAAUAACUUCUCGCGCUACGUACAAGAGGGUUUUUCUGUCUCGGUCGGAAAGCUGUCGAUACCUCCGAGCUUCGGCCCCCGAGUAGAUUAUCCAGAACAACAGUCACUAGGCUCCGGCGUGAUUACUUUCGAAGAACUGCAUGAUAUAAUCAACAUUCAUGAUCUCAAGGGGGAAUACCAGAUCAUCGAUGCGAGACCCAGCGACCGAUUCUCUGGCAGGAACGACGGCCCGAGUGCUUCUCUGCCAUCGGGCCAUAUGCCGUCCGCCAUCAAUGUUCCUUUCUCUUCGAUUUUGGGCCUAGACAAGACUAUACUGCCACCGGCAGAUCUCCAAGCAGUGUUCACAAAAGCUGGUGUGAGGGAAAACAUCCCGACCUUCCUAUCUUGCAAUUCUGGUGUCACUGCCGCGGCGCUUGAUUUGGCAUUGCGCACAAGCGGCCUACAGGUGAAACCUCGACUUUACGACGGAAGUUGGAGUGAGUGGGCAAAGAGAGCUGUUGAUCAAGGCAUGAUCGUCACCGAAUGA